AAUGUGCUUAAGAAAUAAUAAGUAGACAAGACAUGACCCAUUGAAACCAAUUAGAUGAAACCAAAGAAAUCUGAUAGUGAUGUGUUUUAGUUGUUCUCCUCUGAUCACAACUACUACCACCAUGAAAAAGAUGACAAUUCCAGCUGCUGCGAAGAAAACUAACCUCAAGAGGCUACCUAGAAGAUUGUAGUACAACUGUAAAGAAAAAACAAAUUAGCACUGCAUUGGUCGAAUCGCCCUUGAUCUAUAAAGUCAAAACCCAAAACGGAGUGACUUGAGUAGUAGUUUCAGGGAUCCAGACGCUCCUGAUUGCUCUCCUCAGUUUCUGGACAAGAUGAGGCUAAAUUCUCGCUUUGGAACUUCAUCAUUGAUCUAUGCAAGUCUUGUACUUGUGCUUUGUUUCAAGGCCAGUGGGGGCUCAGCUGAGAGAAGCAGUGCAUUCUUCAUAUUUGGUGAUUCUACUGUGGAUCCAGGCAACAACAAUUACAUUAAGACCACGCCUGAAAACCAAGCCAAUUACAAGCCUUACGGUCAGAACGGUUUCUUCAAGGAGCCAACAGGCCGAUUCUCAGAUGGCCGAAUUAUCGUCGAUUAUAUUGCUGAGUAUGCAAAAUUGCCUAUAAUUCCUCCGUAUCUGCAACCAUCUGCUGAUUACAGUCAUGGAGUUAAUUUUGCCUCUGGUGGGGCUGGAAUUCUUUCUACAACAAAUCCGGGUGUGGUCAUUGAUUUCAAGACACAGUUAGAGUACUUUCAUAAGGUACAACGGUCCCUAGCUGAGAAGUUAGGAACCGCAGAAGCAGAAGAAAUUAUAUCAAACGCAGUUUAUUUCAUUAGUAUGGGCAGUAAUGAUUACAUGGGAGGUUAUCUAGGUAAUCCAGAAAUGCAACAACUGCAUCCUCCCGAGGAUUAUGUCAGGAUGGUUAUUGGUAAUCUGACGCAGGGAAUUCAAGAGCUGUAUGAUCGCGGAGCCAGAAAAUUUGGAUUUCUGAGCUUAUGCCCUUUGGGUUGCUUGCCAGCCCUCCGAGUUCUCAAUCCUAAAGGCCACGAUGCUGGUUGUUUUGAACAAGCUAGUGCUCUAGCAUUUGCACAUAACAAUGCUCUACAGGCUGUCCUCCCUAAUCUUGAACUCCUCCUGCCCAAGGGAUUCAAAUACUGCAACUCCAAUUUCUAUGAUUGGCUCCUUGAUAGGAUUAAUGAUCCCACAAAGUAUGGAUUCAAGGAAGGAGAGAGUGCUUGUUGUGGUACAGGACCUUAUAGAGGAAUUUUCACUUGUGGAGGCACAAAGAAGGAUCCAAACUAUGAGUUGUGUGACAACCCCAGUGACCAUGUUUGGUUCGAUUCUUUUCAUCCAACAGAAAGGAUCCAUGAACAAUUUGCAAAAGCUCUCUGGGAUGGGCCGUCCUCUUCUGUGGGGCCAUACAACCUGGAAGGUCUGUUCUUCGACAAGCAAACUAUUGCUGAUGUUGUCGACAAUCCAGAAACUCAGCAGAUCUUUUGAGGGAAGUACGAUACAAGAGAAGUUAAUUUUUCAUGGCCAAAUAAGUAAGAAGUUUGUAUUAUCACUAAAAGAAGUGUUAUUCCUCUUAUACAUGAUUCAGCACCAAAGACUAGAGUUUGUUCCAUGUUAAAAAUACAGGACAUCCUUCCAGGAGGGAACAUUUCAUUGGUCUUGUUAAUGUUUAACCUUUGGGGCUUGGCCAUCCAUUGGUAGACAGAUUAUAAAUGGACAUAGGUUUCUUCACUGUGACUUUCUGGAUUAUAUAAGAGUUCAGACUGCCAUGAACGG